GGGGGUUGGACUAGAAGACCUCUAAGAUCCCUUCCAACUCUGUUAUUCUGUAUUAAUGUAUAAACUGGAGAUUUGGUCGUCUUCUCCAGGAAUGGAUCGAUAAUAAACUCUGUAGCGCUUAUCUGGAUUUUAUUGCUAAUAUGAGCUAAUGGCCGGAACUGCCCCCCAAAUACUUUUGGCAGUAAAUUUAGCACUGACAUGCCCUGAAAGGGAAAAGGUGGCUUUUGACAACUUGAUGAAAGUCCUUCUGGAGGUGACCGUAGGUAGGUGGAGCAGCGGGUAAUAGAGGAAGCUUCUUACGAAGAACAGAAAUUGCAGAACUGCAGAACUGAGAGUUUUCGAUUUCUUAUGAGCGCCAGUAAAUGAAUGGCAGAUGAUCGUUGAUGAGGCCACCAGCCGUUUGAUGGUAAGAGCAUUGUUGUUCUCACCCUGUUUCUGUCUGACUAACAGGACUAGCAGAUCCGUUGAGUUCUUGGCUGCAGUUUCCUUUGUGAGCUCGUGUCGAUGGAAAGCUACAACUGCAGGAAAUGAGACUCGGAGAUGCCGAACCUUUUGCAGACACAGGGAAUGUGGUACCAAAUUUUGGGAUCCAUUGAUGGACUUGGAAUCCACAGUGGAGAUGAUAGAUAAGCCCAUUUAUUGAUGUGGCUGAUGUAGGAGCCUUCAAGAUUUUCUCCGGCUUGGAUCUUCCAAGGAUGCUGGGUGUGUCCCAGGCCGUGCGCUCCACUUUUAUUACAUCGCCUACAUUUGGGGCAGGCACAACGUGACAUGGCUUGGGCGAGCAUCAUGGGCCCGAAUUCGGGGAUUCCUUAGUGCAUCACAUCGCUGAUUCUUAGGAGGGAUCUCCCAAAGAAGACUGACCCCCCCCCCUUUUUGGCAAUGGCUGGAUCUACGCAACCGGCAGCCCAGACCUGGCGGGCAGCAGAGACCCACUACCCUUCCCACGCCAUGUCCUACCCCGUGGCGUUAAAUCAGCCUCAUGUGGAUGUGAGUCUCUUGGAAUAUCAACACCCUCCUCGGGAAUACCCUUCCCACCUGCCCCCGGGGUCUCUCUUAAACCCCCAACGUCGGAGGCCCUCCUUGUUAUCCGAAUUUCAGCCAGGAAAUGAAAGAUCACAAGAGACGCACGCUCGGACGGAGUCCCAUCCGUAUCUCUCUGAUCUGAGCAAAUCCUCGGAAAUGGAGUUUAUGGAGACCAAGAGGCCUCGGAUGGAGCUGUUACAGGAGCCGCUGCUGAGGCCUCCGACUCUGCUCAGCCAGGCAGGAACAGACGGCUUCUCCAGGGAUCGAGGCAUCCCCGGUAAACUGGAGCCCGUUUCACCCAUUACCUCUGCCCAUCCUGACUCGGAACUGGAUUUACUCCCGUCCCGGCUCUCGAAAGAGGAGCUGAUCCAGAACAUGGACCGUGUGGACCGGGAGAUCACCAUGGUGGAACAGCAGAUUUCCAAGUUGAGAAAAAAGCAGCAACAGCUGGAGGAAGAAGCAGCCAAACCUCUGGAGCCUGAGAAAUCCAUCUCUCCCCCACCGCUGGAGUCGAAGCACCGCAGCCUGGUCCAGAUCAUCUACGAUGAGACUCGGAAAAAAGCAGAAGCUGCUCACCGGAUCCUGGAAGGAUUGGGGCCCCAGGUGGAGUUGCCCCUGUACAAUCAGCCUUCGGAUACCAGGCAAUACCAUGAAAACAUUAAAAUAAACCAGGCAAUGCGGAAGAAGCUGAUUUUAUACUUCAAGAGGAGAAACCAUGCUCGUAAACAGUGGGAGCAGAAGUUCUGCCAGCGGUAUGACCAGCUGAUGGAAGUCUGGGAGAAGAAGGUGGAACGCAUUGAAAAUAACCCCCGGCGCCGAGCUAAAGAGAGCAGAGUUCGUGAAUAUUAUGAGAAGCAAUUCCCCGAGAUUAGGAAGCAGAGAGAACUUCAGGAACGAAUGCAAAGCAGGGGAGGACAGAGAGGCAGCGGGUUCUCCAUGUCGGCAGCCCGCAGCGAACACGAGGUGUCGGAGAUUAUUGACGGUCUCUCGGAACAGGAGAAUCUGGAGAAACAGAUGCGCCAGCUGGCCGUCAUUCCCCCGAUGCUUUACGACGCUGAACAGCAACGCAUCAAGUUCAUCAACAUGAACGGCCUGAUGGACGACCCCAUGAAGGUCUACAAGGACCGGCAGGUGAUGAAUAUGUGGAGUGAGCAGGAGAAAGAGACCUUCCGAGAGAAGUUCAUGCAACAUCCAAAGAAUUUCGGUCUGAUUGCCUCCUUUCUGGACAGGAAAACAGUGGCGGAUUGUGUCCUAUACUACUAUUUGACCAAGAAGAACGAGAACUACAAGAACUUGGUGAGAAGGAAUUACCGCAGACGAGGAAAGAACCAGCAACAGCAGCAGCAGCAACAGCAGCAGCAACAGAUGCCCCGGAAUAACCAAGAAGAAAAAGAUGAAAAAGAGAAAGAUGCAGAGAAGGAGGAAGAGAAGCUAGAAUCUGAAAACGACAAAGAAGAACUGACAAAGGAGAAGAACGAGGAGACGUCGGGUGAGGACAAUGACGAGAAGGAAGCCGUUGCCUCCAAAGGGCGCAAGACGGCCAAUAGCCAGGGCUGGCGGAAAGGGCGCAUCACUCGCUCCAUGGCCAACGAGGCCAACCACGAGGAGGUGGCGGUGCCCCAGCAGAAUUCUGAGCUAGCUUCUCUGGAGAUGAACGAAAGUUCUCGGUGGACGGAGGAGGAGAUGGAAACAGCGAAGAAAGGUCUCCUUGAACAUGGACGCAACUGGUCAGCCAUUGCCCGCAUGGUGGGGUCCAAGAGCGUCUCACAGUGCAAAAACUUCUAUUUCAACUACAAGAAAAGGCAGAACUUGGACGAGAUUCUGCAGCAGCACAAACUGAAAAUGGAGAAAGAAAGGAACGCUCGGAGAAAGAAGAAAAAGGGUCCUGUGGUCCAAAACGAGGAAAGGGCUUUCCCCCCGGUGACGGAGGACGAGGAGAUGGGCCAGGAUGGGUCGGGCACCAGCGGCAACGAGGAGGAGAUGGCCGAGGAGGUCGAGCCAGAAGUUGCUGUGAAUAACAGCUCUGACACAGACAGCCUGCCUUCUCCGAGACUGGACGCCAAAAAGCCCCCGGAAAGCGAGUCCAAACCGAAUGCCGAGGCCGAAGUAGAAACGACGGUCAACGUACAGAAACCCGCCAUGUCCCCGGAAGCCAACGCCGUAGACUCCGGUGGUCACAGCCCGGAAGGGACCGACCCUGGUCCAGCUGGGAGCGAAAAGCCGCAGGAGGAACCGAACGUCGAUACGAUCAAAACGGAAGGGGGAGAAGAAAACUCGAAAGACCCAGAAUUGGAUGGGGCUGAGAUAAAAAUGGAGGAAGGGGCAGAUGUCCCGGAAGAGAACAAGGCCGAUGAGCAGAGAUGCGAGACCAGUAACGGGGUGGGGGCCGAGACAGAGGAUACUCCCAAGCCAGAGAAAAAGGAGUGCCCGAAAGUCAGCAAAAGCGGAAGCGCUGCCUCGGACAGUGAUUCGAGCGCUACGUGUAGCGCGGAUGAGAUGGAAGAGCAGGACCCCACGGACAAAACCAAGUUGCCGGCUGCCCGCUUAAGUCUCCUUGGUGCCCCCAACGAUGCCCGUCUCACCUCCUCACCUCAGAAGCCGCUGGACCUGAAGCAGCUGAAGCAGAGGGCAGCUGCCAUCCCUCCCAUUAUUUCCGAAGGCGCCCUGGAGGCAGCAUUGCAGAGCGGGGCUCCGAAACCCUCGGGGCCUGCCCAUACCUUGGGCCUCUACCAGCAGCAGAUCGCCCUGGCCCAGGAGGGGGCCCAGGAGGAGGCCAAGCCUCCCCCCCCAUCAGAGAAGGAGCCCCAGCUGUGCAGCAGCCCCGGCAGCAGCAGCCCUCGCGAAGCUCCGCAUCAGAGCCCGGUUGAGGUGGACAAAGAUGAAAAACCAGUGCUUUUCACCCCCCUUCCAGAUGGACAGAAGCAAGGUGGAGAAUCUGCCACUACAACCUGUUGGCCACCGGUCCUUCCUUACCAAGGCUCAUCAAGGGACAUUAUCCGAACCUCUCCACACGCGGAGUCUCACACAUUUCAGUAUAACCCCUCUGCAGCUCAUCCUGUCUCCUUGAACGCUCAUGAAAGUUCUCGCGCUGGCCCGCCAAGGUUGUCAGCCAUCUCCAAUCCUCCUCCUCUGAUCUCUAACAAGCAUCCCUCUGUUCUUGAAAGAACACCUGGCUGUAUCUCCCAGGGGAUACCUCUACAGCUCCAUGGUCCAUUCAGUCCAGAGCAUGCAAAAGUCUCCAUUGGUUCCAUCACUGUGCCUCUGACGAUGGAUCCCAAGACGUUGGUGUCAUUUUCUGCAGUGAAACAAGAGCAGCUUUCUCCUAGAUGCCAAGCUGGUCAAGCUGAAACCUUGGUUGUGCAGACUUCACAGGAAAGCUCCGUUCUUCGAGGUACCUCCUUGCCAGGAGUGAGCAUCAUUAAAGGGAUUCCCAGCACGAGGCCACCCUCUGAGUCUACUAUCACAUAUCGGGGUUCCAUCACACAUGGCACCCCAGCUGAAGUGCUGUACAAAGGAACCAUCACCAAGGUAAUUGGAGAAGACAGCCCCAGCAGAGCGGAGAAAGGAAGAGAGGAGGCUUUGCCCAAGGGACACGUCAUUUACGAGGGGAAGAAAGGACACAUCCUGACUUACGAUGGUGGGGUGGCUAACCAGGCCCCUAAGGAGAGCAGCAGGAGCGCAGCAGCAAUGCAGGAGUUGACCAUCACCAAGAGAACGUACGACAUGAUGGAAGGGAGGACCUCCAGGCUGAUAUCUGGACGUGAACUUUCCCCUGCUAAUAUAGAAGGUUUAAUGGGCCGAACCAUGCCUCCCGAAAGACACAGUCCUCUCAACUUAAAGGAACCACAUCACAUCCGAGGCUCCAUCACGCAAGGAAUUCCUAGAUCCUACGUGGAAUCGCCAGAGGACUAUCCCCGAAGAGAAGCCAAGCAACUCAAGAGGGAGAACACACCACCGAGGGACUUACCAGAAGCCUACAAGGUCAGGAGCCACGAGUCCCUCACUCCGUUGAAGCUGAAAGCGGUCCACGAAGGGCUGGUCACCACGGUGAAGGAAGCCGGGCGAUCAAUUCAUGAAAUCCCAAAGGAGGAUCUUCGUCGCACGCCCGAUCUCUCUCUGAUGGCCCGGCCCAUUAAGGAAGGGUCGAUUACCCAGGGUACUCCGCUGAAAUACGACACAAACACAUCCACAAAUACCAAAAAGCACGACGUCCGGUCUAUUAUUGGCAGCCCCAGUAGGAAUUUCCAUCCCAUGCUCCCAAUGGAGGCCAUGCAGGACCCAAGGACGCUGGAAAGAGCUUACGAGGACAAUUUGAAAAACAGGCCCAGCCCAGUGACGAACUCUGGUGGCUCCAUCACGCGGGGAGCCCCCAUGAUUAUUUCUGAGCCGGGGAAACCUCGCCACAGCCCCCUUGCUUACGAGGACCACCAGACAGCCCACGGGGCAGCUUAUGGAGGUCACUUGCACCGAGGGUCCCCUGUCUCCACAAGAGAGGCAGCACCCAGGCAACAUGAAGGGAGCAUCACUGCUGGGAAACCCGUGUCUCAAGAAAGGAAGGUCACAACCACCUCCAGAGAUAUCACCAGCUCCAAGUCUCCUCAUACCCCACUUCCAGACCACCAUCACCCGAUGUCUCCGUAUGAGCAUCUGCUCCGCGGAACAAGCGGCAUGGAUCUAUACAGAGGCCACAUUCCACUGACCUUUGACCCCGCGGCCAUUCCCCGAGGGAUACCCUUAGAAGCAGCUGCCUAUUACUUGCCGAGGCACCUUGCUCCUGGUCCUACGUAUCCCCAUCUCUACCCGCCUUACCUCAUCCGUGGCUACCCGGACACUGCCGCCAUGGAGAACAGACAGACCAUCAUCAACGACUACAUCACCUCCCAACAGAUGCACCACAACGCUGCCACUGCUACUACCAUGGCUCAGAGAGUCGAUCUCCUCCGAGGCUUGUCGUCACGAGAGCCUUCCAUGGCUCUCAACUAUGCAGCAGCAGGGAUAAUUGACCUGUCUCAAGUACCACACCUCCCUGUGCUCGUGCCCCCCACCCCGGGCACCUCUGCAGCCUCCAUGGACCGGAUCACCUACAUGCACAGCGCUGCCCAGCCUUUCAGCAGCCGACACAGUAGCUCACCCCUGUCUCCAGGUACCCCUGCACAUUUACCCAAGACGGGACCCUCGGUUUCCGAACGGGAGCAAGAACGGGACCGUGAAAAGGAACGCAAGAAAUCGGUUGUGACCAGCACAGCCACGGUGGAGCACGCGCCCAUCUGGAGGCCAGGCACCGAGCACAGCAGUGGCUGUACAUCCGCACACUCUCAUAAACACUCCCCGGUUUCCCCUCGCGCACAGGAGAACAUUCAGCAGCGGCCCAGUGUGUUGCACAACACCAACAUGAAGAUCAUCUCCUCGGAAGGCCUCACUUCCUCCAUCUUGCGAUCCUCUUCUUCUUCCUCUUCAUCCACUGCCACCACGUCCCCAGCCUGCUCCUCCAGCUUCUGUCCGGCAUCGGCGUUGCGCAGCUCCCUAAGCGGCGUGGACAGCUACGCCUCGGUGGUGGAAUCGGCCCACGCGCAGAAGGAGGUCUCGUCCUCCAGGACCCAGGACGUCAAAAGCGAGCGGUCUCAGCCCGAGGCCAAUCACCUCUUCACCUCCAAGUUGUCCGCGGGGCCAGGCCUAGAACAGACACCUUCACCCGUAAAAGCUACGGAGCCCAAGACUUUGUCCUCUGCUGGGCCAGGGGCGAUCCACCCGUUUAGCAGAGGACAGGGGAAAAUCCAGCCUUCGCAUCAUACCCCCUUGGACCCGUCACUGCACGCCGUUUCGGCCCCCGAUCCGCCGAGUAGAGAAAAGAGUAAACCCUUUUCAGUGCAGGAGCAGGAGCUGCGAGUACUCGGUAAGACCACCAUGACAGCCGCCAGCUUCAUUGAUGUCAUUAUCACGCGCCAAAUUUCUUGCGAUAAGGGGAUGCCCGACAGAAGUUCAUUAAAUAACAGCGCCAAUGGCGAUGUUUUCCGUGGGAACUACAGUCCUGACGGCAUUGAAACCAUAAGCCCCGUGAACUCCCCCUCUGCCCUCCACGAGAAAGGGAUGAAGCUGACUCAAGAUAAGGAGAAAGGUUCCCUCAAACCUUGUGGAGCGGAGAUCUCACACAUGCAACAGCUCCACCAGAUCAGUGAGGGUCGCCAGUCCCCAGGUCAGCCGUUACAGGGACCCCCAAAUGCCAAAGGACAUCAGCGGGUCGUCACCUUGGCCCAGCACAUCAACGAAGUCAUCACUCAAGACUACACGCGCCAUCAUCCCCAGCAACUCAAUCCCCAUAUCCAGCCUCCUGUCUACUCCUACUCGGGGGCUGCUGCUCCUGUGCUGGAUCUCCGCCGAGCCCCUCCUGAAUCUUACCUCCAGCACCAACCAAUGGAACAUGUUUCAUCUUCUAGAAUCUCCCCUGAAAGUGAAGCAGACCAAAGAUCGCCUGAGCAAAUUAAAAUUCCAUCUUCGGACAACUGCAUUGAGCCGAUCUCUCCGCCGGAGGGAAACGCAGAAGCUGAGCGUGUCCGAAACAGCGCCUACCCUGUUCUGUAUCGCGAGGGCGAGCAGCUGGAGCUGAGAGGCUGCACCCGAUCCCCUGGAAACAGCGUCCAACCGCCAGCGUUCUUCAGCAAACUAACAGAGAGCAAUUCCGCCAUGGUGAAAUCCAAGAAGCAGGAGAUCAUCAAAAAACUCAGCACCAGCAACCGGAACGAGGCAGAAUACAAUGUUGGACAACCCGGAACAGAGAUUUUUUACAUGCCAGCAAUGACAGGAACAGGGUUAAUCAGUUGUAGGAGCCAGGCGGUCCAGGAAAACCCUAGUUCCAACAUGGGGCUGGAGGCCAUUAUCAGAAAAGCUCUCAUGGGUAAAUAUGACCAUCGGUGGGACGAGCCCGCUUCGCUCGGUACCAAUGCUUUUAACCCUCUGAAUGCCAGCACAAGCUUGCCCGCUGUUUUGCCCGUAACCUCUGCUGAUGGACAGAUUGACGAUCUUCCUUCUUCCACGCCAGGAGGAGGGAAAGCAAAGUCUGCCGCCCGAGCCAACAGUCGGAAGGCCAGAUCUCCAGCUCCCGGCCUGUCCUCCUCCAUUGAGCGGCCUCCAUCCGUUUCGUCCGUUCACUCCGAGGGGGACUGUAACAGGAGGACACCUCUAACCAACCGUGUUUGGGAGGACAGGCCAUCAUCCACAGGUUCAACGCCGUUUCCGUACAACCCCUUGACGGUGAGACUUUCCACAGGAGUCGUGACCGGCCCACCACCCCCCACUGCCACCGUUCUACAGGGCAACUCCGGAAGCCAGAACCACAGUUGGGAAGAAGAGCCCAAACCACUGCUGGUUUCACAGUAUGAGACCCUCUCAGACAGUGAAUGAGAAGAGAGAAGGCCA